GCACCGCCGUACCGCCGCGCCGCCCGCGACCGCAGUCCUCCCGCCGCGCCGACUCUGCGCGCUACACGCUAACCGCAUCAUGGUAAUGGACAACCGAACAAAUGAGGAAAACAAAAAUGAACAGAACUCUUCAAUUUUCAUUACCAACUUCCAAAAUGGAGAGAACGUAAAUUAUUCACUUGUUUUGAUAAAGGGUAUCAUAACAAGAUGUAAUGCGAAUAACCAAGACAAACUAUUAUGUAGCGUUACGAGCGAAGGUGUUCAACGAAAAUCGCAGUGGAAUGUUCAUAAUGGAGAAUUUAAGAUUUUACUUGACUUAAAGAAGGGUGAAAAUGUAGUGGAACUGGAAUACACCGAGCAACAACGGCGAACACUGAUUUUAGAUUACACGCCAAGAAAAACGAAUCUUCGAGUGACUCCGGUCUACAUAAUAUGUCAAGGUCAUGAUGGAUGUUUUCAAAGCCCACCCGACGUUAACAAUACUAUAGAAAGCGCUUGUGCUCGGAUAGCGAUCGGCUCUAAACUCAUCCAAAGCAUCACUGCAGAAAAGUUAUAUGAAAGCGGCGUUGGACGAAAGACUUUUCAGUUAGAACACGAAGUUAACCCCAAAAAACCAGAAUGCAUAGUCUUCAGGAGCAGUCUGAACGUAAACAAAGCGAGAAAAAUGAAACAAGCAGAACUUUGGUCACAUUUUGGAAGAGAACUCAUGCUCUCAGAUUUAGGAAGUAACGAAAGGAAGUUUUUGGGGUUCAUAUCUUGUACUCGAUUCAAGGGAACAGAUGUUGAUAAACCUAUGACACAUGACGAAAUUGUUUCGCUGACUGAAGCUUAUGCUGCAUUAGGAGGCGGCGGAUUAGCUUUAUUUGGUACAGCAUGUUUAUAUACUUGGCCAUCGGCUGUGGAGGACAUACUUCCAAAAUUUUUAGAUUCGACGCCUGUCAAUACACGCCGAUUUAUGGACGAUAGUGGAUAUCGAGGUACAUUAGGCGGAUGUUUUGCAACUACUCUUGGAUCAGUGUUUCAUGAACUUGGCCAUACAUUUGACCUUGGACAUACUAAAGAUGGCAUCAUGGGAAGAGGUUUCGAUAACAUUGAUCGGGUUUUCAUUGUUGGAGAAAAAAGGCCAGCUAUAAUUAAAGAUACUAUGAAUAAUUAUAAUGGGAAACCAGUUCAGCAUUCUACAGUAUCACUCCAACGCAAUAUAAGCGUUACUAUGAACGUUGCAGAGCCAAUGAGAGUUUUGGGACCACGAAGUAAAACAACACUAGGAAACUUUGCCUCAAUGACGAAAUCUGACAUCGCAAGAAGAAGUCCAAACGUCACACCAAUAACUAGACCAUCCAGCGUUUACUCAAAUAUAACAAACAGACUAUCAGACUCUAAAAGAAAUAUUAACAGAUCUAAUGGCAAUGAUUCAGUGUAUUGGACAAGAAAUUGCGCAGUGUUACUAUCAUACCAUCGAUGGUUCAACAAUGAAUACGGUAGAGAAAGGCAAGCCAUUACAAGAUACUUGAAAUUUGACAAAAAUAAGAUGUUGAUUUUGUCUACUGCUGGAAUCAGAAUAGUUGAAGUUAGAGAUGAUGCAAAUGGGAUGGUAUUAGACUCGUAUGAGUUUACAGAUCUGUUACCAGAGAAAAGAUUCUUGGUACCAUUCACAUUUUCACCUAAAACCAAAGUUCUAACAAUAGUCGUGGAAGACGACUUAGGAAAUGUGUUAAAACAGACAUUCGCUUAUUAGGCAUUAAUUAAAAAGUGUUUUAA